AUGAGAAAAUUUUUCACCUAUUGGUGGUUCGGUGCUCUUGGCCUGAACUGUUUGCGUUCCGUCAGGGCUUCUCAAACAAACACUUACGACAAGCAUUCAAACUCCCAGACCCGCAAAGAUAUCCACCCUACCAAAAACACAAGAAUAGCACGGGAUCCUCACGAUGCCGAUAGUACGACUGGACUAUGGCCCGAGCAUCCUAAGUCCAGUAAAGGACAGUAUCAGCACGCGAUUGGACCUGAAAUGGUCUCUAUCCAGCCUUCCCCACAGUGUUGGAGCUCGGCUUUGACCAGCACGGGCUCCUUGCCGACUCGUUCCUCGCGGAACGAUAUUGACGCCGAGAUUUUCUGUGCCAAUCUGCCGGAAACGCAACAAAAAAGACUAGCUCUGGAAAUUACACGCUGUCAUUUGCAAGACCUACAACAACCCUUGGAAGAGGAUCCGGCAAAUUCACAGUCGCAUGUACAACUCCAUUGUCAACCACUACAGACUGACGCUGCCAGUCGUACCGGCACCACUGCGCCGGAAGUCGCACUCUACGAUUGUCUCGGUCACUUGACACCCUUGGCAGGGACGAUAUAUACCCAGUUUUUUGCCUAUGUCCAAGUCUGGUGCGUCCGCUUGACGCAACAAGCCCUGCUGCAGGCCCAACAGGAAUCCUCUCGACAACUUUCUGCUCAGUACGAGGAUAUUGCCCACGCUUCGCUUCAACAACUUGACGCCCUUGUUGGCGUUUCGGCCCAACACGUACUCCAAAUGCAACAACUCACCAAUCUUCCCGACCAGGUCCAGAACCGUGUCACCCUUGCUUUGGAAACACAUGUGUUGCCCACCCUGCAACAGGAAGUGUCCCGGCACUUGUCACACGAGCUGCGCGCGCAACUGCAACUCCACCUUGGUCCGAUUCUGGAACGACAUGUGGCCGAGCACACGGCCUUUCUAAAACGUGUUCUUGAUAGGGCCGAGGUCCGGGAUGCCGAACAAGAAGCAACCUUUCAAUCCUGGACAACGUACCAAACGACCGUCUGGCAACAACAAGUCCGGGAAAUGGAACGAUAUCGCACGGCUGUCGCCUUUCAACAGGAACAGAUUGCUAACUUGGCCGAUACGGUACAGGCUACUACGACACGUCUACAGCCUCUGGCAGGUCUAGAUUCUUUGAUUCAAACGGCAACUGCGGGAUAUACCUACGUGACCUUUCUGCUGCACGUACUGGGUACGCUCAACGUGCUUUGGCUGUUGACGUUGCCGCGACGGUGUCGAACGUUUCGAUCCUACUUGGUGGCGAUCGUCAUGACCGAAGCUGCUUUGGAAUUGCUGUUGACGGCGGCAGUGUCUACGCCGCAACCGUAUUUGAACAUUGACGAUGGAGAACGAAUUCGUUUGAUUACAGAAUUGCGCAAGUACGCGCUGUUUUUAGAAUGUGUGGGAUACGUGGCUGGAAUAGUGUCGUCGCUUUUUCCUACCUAUCGGAAUGUACCAGCGGAAGAAGAAUAUCAGAACUGUCUUUCUUACCACAACCGACUUCGGUCAGCAAAAGAAGAUAGUCGACCACGGCUAAGAGAAACUUCGCCGUUGCGUCAGUCAUUCAGUUCUGCGGGUGGAGAGAGGGGUGUGAACUUUCCAACCAGCUCUGAAAACUAUUCGCCAAGGUACGGCCCGCUUCCGCCUAUUCGUUGCGAAACGCACACCAAGACUACCCGUGCGGAACAUGAGGGAGACGUGAGGGAUCCAGAGUACAGACAGAUCUACAGGCCAACAUUAGCGAGGGUGGGGUUUCAUCAACCAACACAGAGAUCGGUGGCUCCUUCGAACAUCAGUUUAUAUCACGCGAAGAGGCCAACAACUGACACCGCGAGUUUCUAUGACUUUGGUCCUGUUGUCAGCACCGACUCUCGACAUUCGCUACACAAAGGAGGUUCCGCCGCGCUGGGUUGUCCAAACGAAGUUUGUGUUGCCCGUACGGCUCAGUCACUCCACACACGGCCUUUUGAAAACCCAGACAUGGCUGCACGGGAAUCGAUUGACAGUGAGUCAGGAAUUGCAGCCCAAGAAAGUGGCCUGUCAGCGCAGACCCUACAGAUCGAGGGAUCAGAUUCACAACCAUUGACGGAACAGUUUUGUAUGGACAAUGAUGAGAAUGGCUUGACGAAUUUCUCGCCUUCUUUGGAGCAAGACCAAGCCUACCGGAGGAUGGAUUGUUUGCCAUCGACGUACACGGCAUCGAAUGAAAGUCGGAAACGGAAGCGUCCGAAGGAUCAAGCCAAAGAGUGGAGCACUUCGAUCAAGAGGGCCCAUACUCACUUGGCGUGA